GUUCCGGGUUGCACCCGUUUUGUUUUCUGCCUCCUGUCUGCUUCCAGUUUCACUUGUUUUGUUUUAUAAAGUAAAAAGCUGUUAUGCGUCUCUGUAAUCCCAAAAUGAUUAAGUCAUUCAUUUUUAAUUUCGGAAAAAAAUCUUCACCGAAAACUUUAUUGGCCACCAUAUGUGCUCCAUAGUUGAAUGGAGGAUAUGAUAUAACAGAAGUUAAAGUAUCUAAGCUUUUAAACAUUACUGAGUCCUUAAAUGUUAAGGCAUUUCUGUCCUGAAAAGCCUCGUCCAGACUUGGGGCUUUCAUCUUCAACAACAUACAGGAGCAAAACCUUCCGAUUUAAAUUCGCAGAUGUUCGCAUUAAGUCUCUCAUCGCAGGACCAGAGGGAUCUGGCGAGGAACCUUACUACGUUUCUAUCCCAAUACAAGUACAUAUCCGACUCCUACAUAAUUGAAUUCUUCACAGAAGACCUCUGGGAAAGACUGCCAGCCCAAUGGCGUGAGGUGUUAUGUGGUUUAUCGUUUCCCCAGAUCGCAGAUCUCUUACUGGACACAAAAUGUCAAGAAAAAAGAUACCCAUCCGCAUGGCCUCUGUCUCUGCUGGCGUUUCGUGCCACUGCCCAUGCUCUGUCCUUCCCUAGACGGGCUGGGCAGGGUGGAGCAGUAGACCCAGUGGAAGAGUUCCUGAAGAACCACAGCCAGAGCUCCAUGCUGAGCCAUAUCUUCAGGAAACACGUCAAGCCGAAGAAACAGCAUGAGAUCCGCAAGCUUGGCUCGUUGGUAAAACAACUUUGCGACCAGACUAAUUGCGAGGCGGUGGUUGACGUUGGAUCUGGACAGGGGCACCUCACUCGCUUCCUGUCCUUCGGCCUGGGACUGUCAGUCACGGCCAUCGAGGCGGAUCAGAGGUUGGUGACCAUGGCAACCAAGUUUGACGAGGAGCUCCGAUGUACUUUGGAGAAGGAGAAGACAAGGGAUGGACCCUCCGAUCUUUCUAAAUCCGGCCCAUCGCCUCACCACGUGGUUGGUUGGGUGAACCCAAAGGCAUCAUGGGAGCUCUUCCUCAGGCAGCUCAGAGAGGCAGAAUGCACGGCUGCAGCUCCCUCACCUCUUGACUGCUCAAGUAGAAAGCGACGCAGGAACUCAGCUGAGCUAGACCAAACCCAGGCCCCCCUCGCUACUGGACCAGAACCCAGUGCUCUCUCCAUCCCUUUCUCCGUCUCGGCCACAACUCCGCCCCCACACUGGUCCACCAACAGCUUCGGUUGUAGCCCACACGGGCGGCACUCAGGAGAGCUGGCGGGGCAGUCGGACAAGUCGCUAGUGUUGACCGGCCUACACGCCUGUGGGGACCUCAGCGCCACUCUCCUCCGCCAUUUUGUGGAGUGCCCUCACGUGCGUGGCAUCACCUCCGUGGCGUGCUGCUACAUGAAGAUCACCACCAGGGAGUACCCGAGCCCCCCAGGCCUGGUUGUGGCCCCCCCCGCCCCGGCCCUUGCACCGGCCCCUCAAGACCCCCUCCACCGGCCCCGGCUGUUUGCCGACGACAGCGAUGGCUGCUGUCCGGGCGCGUUCGGCUACCCGAUGAGCUCGUGGGUGCGGGGCUUGCCGGGCCACGGGCUGUCCUAUAAGGCGCGGGAGGGGGCGUGUCAUGCCAUGGAGGACUACCUGGAGAGGCUCAGGGAGGGGAGUCUGUUGCUAAGGACACACUGCUACCGGGCGACCCUGGAGACCGUCAUCAGGGAGGCUAGGCCCGAGAUGCGGCGGGUGGGCGUCCAGACAAUCAAGAAGGCCCACUUACUUCCAUUUACAGAGUACGCCCGCCUUGGCCUGGCCCGCCUGGGGCUCCCGCCCUCUCUGCUCCUUGAGCCAGGCAGGCUGGAGGCCAUGCUGAAGCAGGAGGCCAGGGUGGUGGUGUACUUCAGCCUGGCCCUGCUGUUGGCACCCGCUGUGGAGACCUUGGUGCUUCUCGACCGCAUCAUCUACCUCCAGGAGAACGGUGUGAAGAGCAAACUAUUACCUCUGUUUGAUCCAGAACUCUCCCCACGUAACUUUGUGCUGGUGGCCAUGAAGACGGAUUGUUGAACAGAAAUAGCUGUGGUGUAAUUGAGAUCUAUGUCCUUUUUGUUUUAUUUUAUAUAAAAGGCCUGUCAAUUAAAAUAAAUUAAAGACAUUU